AUGCCCACUCAACUCGACAGAGCACUCAACUCNAAAGGCCUCGUCGCCGCAUCAGCAGCAUGGUCCAUCUUCGGCAGCGACAUCUUUCCCCAACAGCCCGAUUCCACUGAUGAAAUGUAUACUAAAAGCAAAACACANGAACCGGAGAACUGGACCGAAGAGGAAAUGAGAAGAUGGUUGAACAAAAGGAACCUCAUGGCCAGCAGUUCGUCGACAAAGGAGGAGUUGUUGGCUAGGGUAAAGGCCAACAUGCGUGCGCCUCAGUAA